AUGUCUGCUGCAAAGCAACAACCAACUGUGACACAAGGAUCAGUCCUUAUUUGUGAUGGUUUACCAACAGGAGUCGGGGCGAAUGUAGUUCCGAAGUUGACGCUGUUCUUUCGCAAAAUGGUCUUAUUAAAGAACGGUGCCGAGCUUUCAGAUCACCCCUCGAACGUAGAGAUCUAUAUAGACAAAGCCACAAACAAGACCACAGGAGUAGGGUUUGUUGAUUUCAAAGAUGAUGCUGCCGCUAUGCGAUUCAAGUCGCGAUACAUCGAGUUGAAAUUUGAUAAUAACAAUACACUCAAGUUUUAUACUAAAAAGGAGAUCGACGCGAUUUUAAAGGAAAGCGACGAGUAUACUCCAAUGAUCUUUAACCCAAUCGAAGUGAACGACUUUAAGGGGUGGCUUAAAGACGAGAAAUAUAUCAACGGGAACGAGUGUUUCGCCUUAUUCGAGUAUGGGAAGAGUAUAACCCUAGGAUGGGAAAACCCUACUAUUCCGACUGAGCCAACACUGACAGAAGAACAGCCGUUUGGCUCGACUAAUGUUGCGUUCUCCCCUGCAGGGACUUUCUUGUAUGCAGUGACGGAUAAAGGACUCAUCGUACAACAACCCGAUAACAAGAAGAAAUUCCAAUUUCCUCAUCCCGGGAUGACACAUGUCACCAUUUCCCCUUAUGACACUUUCAUUGCGACGUACUCGCCUUAUGCGAAAGACGGGAAACAUGUGAUAGUAUGGGAUAGACGAUUUAUUAAAGGUGUGAAAUAUUUUGAUAUCAAACCGACGACUGCGAAGAGCGUUACAGAAAAGAUCAUAAAAGAAAAAGUGUUGAGUCCCAUUGGGAAAGAUCUUGUCCAAUUUUCACACGAUGAAAAGUACUUAGCGAGGAUCUCUGAGGUCGACCCAUGCUCAGUUGAAAUCUAUACAACACCAGUCCUUCAGUUACUUGGGAACAAGUUGGUCACUUUUGAAACUGAAAUUGACCAACUUUCGUGGAGUCCAAAGCAGAACAUAUUAGUGGCUUACCACGACGCGGCACAGAAAAACAAUUCAAAAACAUUUUUCUACUUUUACAACGUCGAGACUGGCGAAGUGAUAUAUAAACACAUUGUCUUCUCCUUGAGAGACGCACAAUUCAUGUGGCAUCCAUCUGGUAAGAAAUUGGUGGUUCGCUGUUUGAAACCCACAAAGACCACAUUUGUCGUCUUUUCAUUGGACAAGGAGAUCACUGUCGCUUCUGUCGAUCUCAAUGCAAGUCCUUUGGCCUUUGCACUCAACCCAACUCGCUUCCAAAUGUCUGCUUUGGUCUAUCACAAGAACAAAAAGGGACAAGACAAUCAAUUCCCGUCAUAUUAUUGCUACGACAUCACUACUAAGGAAAUCAAGAUUGUUAUGCAAACAAAGGAAAUCGAAGCCAAAGGACUUUCAUAUUCGCCAAAUGGCCAAUUCCUCAUUAUCUCCGGUAUCGGAACACCAGAACCUUUCUUGUAUUUCUAUAACACAGAUAAGAUGGUCUAUUUAAAGAAAGUCCCAAUUGAGAAUAUGAACUAUUUGGCUUGGGACCCAAUCGGAUUAUACGUCGCGGCUGUUCGAUCCGCGGUCUAUUCUCCUCAUGCCAAAAAUGGGUUCUUGCUCUACGACUGUUAUGGCGUUUUGAAAUAUGAAAGCUUUAAAAAGGACUUCGGAGGGCUUUUGUGGCGCCCACAACCAAAGAACUUGAUCAAAGACGAUCUUGAGGUCGACGUCGACAAAACUUUCGUGGACUGCAUUAACAAGAUGAAAGAAGAAGACGAGAAGCUUAAGGAGAAGAUCGAAUUGGAGAAAAAGGAGAAGAAGGAUCUUCUUAUCAAGAGAUACCGUGAAAUAGUGAGGAAAAACACCGACCUUGCAAAAGCAGAGAAGCAGCGCGCUUAUGACUCGUUGAUGAAAAUAGUCGUCGAGGAGAAGCCAAAAGAAGAGAAUGAAAAGUCUGAAGAGAAGAAACAGUAA